AUGUUAACCCUAGUCAACGAUGGAGUUCCUGGUGACCCCCGCAAUGGCAAGCAUGCUCUUUUUGUGGCCAAGGAAAUGACUGACUCAUACAAAUUAGGCAUCACACUGGCAGACAAUAUUAAGCUACUUUUCGACCAAGGUACCAUCGCGAUUGUACCUAUCCCCGGCCCAAUGCAAAGUCCAACUCAAUGGAGGUGUGUUGUCUUGGAUGAAUCAAAGAAGGAGAACAUCAUCGGUACCUUGAGUGGAUCCUAUAUGAAACUGAAGGAGAUUGACAACAAGCCAUUGACGUUCGUUACUAACAACCGUCCUCGCCAACAGUAUUUGUACUUUUGUUUCAUUAUUGCGUACCUGGAUGCAAAGAGCCGAGGAGCCAGUGACGCCGUUGCGAAAAAGGUUGAAGCCACGCGUUUCUGGCCUUCUGCCGGCGAGUACCUUAAUCGAUCAACUCUGGUUACAUUAGCCCUUUGUGUUUCAGGAUCGGAACUCCCUAAAUCCCUUGUUCAAGACAAGACGUUUGACUCCGGGGAUACCUCCACUCGUGACGUUGACGCUGGAACUGUGCUUGGAGCUCAUGUCCGGGAUGCAAUUCUUGCCAUGAAGAGUCUCUAA